AUGUCUGUUAAUAAGAAACCUAAUGAUGUUCUUCAAAAUGUCGAAAAUCAGAAGAAGAUCGAUGAAGUGAACAACAACAACGACAAGUCGCAUUCUUCCAGUUCCGUUCCUUCCUCCAAUUCAUCCAUUCCUUGGGGGUCAAGUGUCCCAGUCACUUCUCCACUCUUCAUUCAAAUCCCAGCUGAUCAAGGAAGUUUCCUCACUGACAAUCCGCCAAAUCAUCCGAAUAACGCACACAACUCGCAGAAUGCUGCUCCACCCAUUGAUUUCUCAAACCAGGAAACACCGUCUUCCCAAAAUGGAUUAUUGAUGAUUUCAUCUAUUGCCCGUCUUCAGAAGCUCAAUUUGGACAACUCGGAUACUUGCCGUUCUGAAUUCCGCCGUGAAUAA